AUGCGCCUUUUCUCCAUCACCCGGGCAUCCCACACUGCCGAAUCGCUUGCGCUUAGAAGAUCAAGUAGACCUGCAUCCUCUAAUAGGACCCCUUGGGACACAAGACUUUCAAGAGAAGAUAGUCCCAGCAACCCUUUUGGACCUACUAGGUACUCUAUUGAGCAAUCCUCUCCUGAGGAGCUAGUGAUUCCCCAACCUAUCCAACCCUAUGAAUCACCCAUCAAGCCACAUGCUUCCAUGCCAGCCUUGGAAGACCCUCAAGCAGGACCUAGUAGCUCAAGAAGAAUAUCACCCCACUCUCAUAAGUCAUCAUCCAGACACUCUCCAAGAUUGUCUCCUUUGGAAUAUGAAGCUAUUCAGGAAGCAAACAAGCUAGCUAAGCCAAGUUCUUCUAUAAGGAAGCCUUCACCUUUUGGUCAUAAGACUAGCCCAGCUACCUUCCAGAGGAUGAUACCUGUAUUUGGACUUCCUGAUAUAGAGAUGUUGGAACCUUCCUCUAGUAAAACUCAGCCCUCUGAGCCUAUGAACUCUCAUGAGCUUAAGAGAUCUAAAGGAAAGACUUCUGAAGCCCACAUAUCUAAGCAUAGGGAAACUCAAGCUGCCUUACUGGAUCCUAAUGAUAGGUCUUUUACUAAUGACCCAGCUAUCCAGAAAUACCUACCCUAUUCUCCUUCCACUACCUUAUACCCUUUAAAUGAAGAAUUUCCAGGAGAAUUCAACUAUCAGCCUGACUGUACUCAGAUGACCUCUUGGUGCAGGAAGAACCCUCAAGCUAAUAGUUUCAGGAAAGUUUACAGGCAGCUAGGAAGAGUAUUCUAUCAUGUGGAGAUACCUCCAGCACAUGAGAAUCGCUUCCCCUCACCUUCUUGUGAGCAAUGGGCUUCUCACUACUUCAAACUACUAGAUACUGUAGUAACCUUUAGACCUACAUGUUGCAUCACUACCAAGUUAGUCCCUGCUCAAGAAAUCAACCAUUGGCCUGAAUAUGGUAAGUUGCACAUAGACCUGAAUAAACUAAUCAAGAGAACUGUUCAGAGCGUCUAUGACAUGGAAGAACUAUUGCCUAUUCCAGAAUGGCCAGAACAUGACUGCCUAUUCACCUCUCAUUCCUUUGAGGUAGCUGCAGUCACUUAUAGGGAUCAGAUGGAGCGUUUCAUUCAGAAGCUAUAUGAGAUCCUUGGUAGACAACUUCAGACUGGACCACCUUCCCCAGUCAUCUCUGCAGGACAUCUCAGUGAGGUAGAACCUGGACAAGAACACCUUAGAGAUAGGACUCUACAACUCAAGCAAGAUAUGACACUGUUAGUGCCCAAAAGUUCUAGAGCCUCUCCUGUCACUCCACAGGAGGCGGCUCAAGAAAACUUACUAAGGAGUCUUAUCAAGCCCACAAGUCAAGUUACUAUUACUAGUCCUUUACUUCCAGAACCUCAAGUCUCUCCUCCAGCUGUAGCCUUGAACACCUCCAGCAGUACUCCUCCAGGACACCCUCCUAGUAGCCUUCAUUCAUCUAAAGCCUCUCUUACUGUUACUAUGCAACCUAGGUAUUUAGGACCUGAUAAUGGAACCACACUUAUUCCCUCAGAACCUUUACCAUCACCUCCUAGCUCUAUUGCUACUUCUUCCUCUAGAUCUAUACCCUUAGGAAGAAUACCAGAAGAGUCACCCCAUGUAACAUUACAAGUCCCACCUACCUUAGAAAGGACUGAGAGACUUAGGAGAGAAGCUGCUAGAUCUCUAGGACCUAGACCACCUACUCCUAGACCCACUAUAGUCCCUUCCACUAGUUCAGAAGAAACCUUACCAUCAUCACCCAGAGGUAAUGCAAGUGUUCCUAUUGCCCAACCUUCAGCUAUACCUCCUUUCAAUAUACAAGCCCUUGAAGACUACAUCAACAAUCUUUCAGAUGGAAGUAUAGAUGGCUUAAGUUCUUCUGAAUCAUCAACUGGAAGAGACCAAGUAGCCCCAGAACUAAUAGCCCCAGCUACUCCUGCUGAUUCUAUUACUUCUGUCUCAAGUGCUGCUACUCAUACCAUGCAAAUCCCAGUAGCACAGUCUACUCCCAGGAUUAGGAGCCAAGUAGAAGAGGAUAAUGUUAGGAAUAUACCUUAUAAUCCACCUUUAAGCAACGCUGCUAGAAGAGUUAGCCUUGCAGGCCCAAGUAUUCCUCUUAGAGAUCCACCUCCACAUGCUGACUUUAUUAAUUGCAGAUCUUCCUUGGGAGCAAAUCGGCAAUCCUCAGGAAGACCAGCUAUACCAGCUGAAUCCUUUACCAGAGUAUCUACAAUCCCAGAAGAGCGCUCCUCUAGACUAGCUGAAAGUGCCCACAGGAGACCUACCUCCUCUCCUGAAUCAAGAAGAACUCCUCUAAGUAUCCAUACCAAUUUACCUUACUUGCAGGAGCAGCCAGCACCAGUUACUAGAGAAGAAGCUAAUAUGAGUAGGAGAGGAAACUUCUUAGCCCCUCUACUAGCACCUGUCCCACAACUUCAAGUACCUCCAGCACCACCCAUUGAUAGGACUAGGUUACCUCCUCAUAUUGUAGGACGUAUGGUCUCCUCUAGAAGGUUUAGUGAGCUGUUUAAUGAUCCACCUCCUAGGGAUCAACUUAGAGAUAGACUAGCUCCCUUAGCUGAAGGAGGAGGAGGAAAUGACCCACCAUAUGAUAGCAAUGAGGGAGAUUUUGAUAACUCUGGUAGAAGAAGGAAUAACCCACCUAGAAGGAAUGGAGGAGGACCUCCCAACAACCCAGAAGACCCAGGAAAUGAACCAUAUGCUCAAGCAAAUGCAGCUAGAGCUAGACCUUUCAAUCCAGCUCCUGUACAUUUUGAUACUAAGCUGAAACCUGACAUAAUCCCAGAGUGGGAUGGAGACACUAAGAAGCUGUCGCGCUGGAUGACAUCCAUCAACAACAUAGCUGAGUAUAGUAGCUACACUAGAAUUCAGCUUGGACAGCAGAUUCCUCUCAGGUUCACAGGAAGAGCUCUUAGAUGGUUCAAUGCAUUAGAUAAGGACUAUAGGCGAAUUAUAACUGAAGACUGGCCAGCACUUAGGCAAGCUAUCACUAUCCACUUCAUGAAUAGGACCUUCCUGAACAGAAGCAAGAAUGAAGCCAUGCGCAUCAGGUUCAGGGAUAAAGAUCAUUCAGAAGAGACUCCAGAAGACUAUGUCAUCAGGAAGAUGGAGGCUCUUACUAUUGUUAGCAACUGGACUGACUCUGAAUUAAUCUUUGAAAUCAUGAAUGGUGCUCCUAAGUCCUGGACCACGCAUAUAGACACCUCAAGAAUAGUCACUUGGGAAGACUUCCUUGACAAGAUUGCAUGGCAUGAGGAGGACCUUUUGGGAAAAGAUUCUUCUCAUAACUCUGACAUACAGCGUCAACUACACCAGAUGCAAUCUACUCUCAAGAGACUAGAAGGAAACAGGCACUCUAGGCCAAGUGCGCGCUCACACUUAGCAGGAUCUAAACCAGUAGGAUGGCAUCAAAAUAAUCCUCCACCAAAAUACCCUAAGGAUGACUCUACAGUAUCUAAAGGUAAAACUCCUAAAGACAAGAAAGCUAGACCUUGUAGACACUGUGGAAGUAUGAUGCACUGGGAUAGAGACUGUAAGCAUGCCAAGAAGAACUCCAGAUUUGUGCGAUCACAUAUGGCACAAGCAGAUGAUGAUGAAUGGGAAGCCCAAGAAGCUUAUGAAGAUCUCUGUGAUGAAGCCUACCUUGAUGAAACAGAAUAUGACACUGAAGGAGAAGAGUCUGUUUCUGAGGAAGAACAGGAUUUUCAUAAGCCCCUUCAGUCAUUAGCUGUCUCUACCUCCAGCGCUAAGCCCAGCUCUGGAUCCCAGGAGGAACAGCAUGGUCUGGAGGGGACCACUGUCAGCCAGGGUACUAACUCUGCUGACCAGGGCAGUAAGGAAUCUGAUUCAUCUGUAUUCUCUGGAUAUUCAUACGGCUAUUGCCAAAAUGGAGAAGAAAUCACUCUCAAGCGAUUAAUGUCAAGACCACCAGGAACUGCUUUCUUUGGAUCUAAAGCCACCAUCAUCAAAGGUUGGCUUCAGACAAAUAAUGGACCUAAGAAGCGCAUCACCUUUGACUCAGGAUCAGAGAUCACUCUCAUUAAUGAGUCAAUACUUAAAACUCUAGAUCCAUCACCUAGAGUGCGCAUUGGACAAAAACUCAAGUUAAUUCAAGUUACUGGGAACAUUAAAAUGAUUGUAGAAGCCUACAUAGUUCCCAACAUGAACACACCUUUUAUCUUAGGAACAGACUUUGCAUCUCAGUAUCAACCGUCAUUAGUUAGGAAUGGAGAUGGAACAAGGAUAGUUUUUGGGGAUACAGGACGUUCUAUUCCUGUGGAAGAAUCAGAUUCCAGCCCAAGAAUUGACCAACAAGGUAAUACCUUUAUGGUUGAAGUUGCGCAAGGAUUCAUCAAGAAUUCUGAGAAAAUCAAGAUCUCUAAGAAGGCCUACAAGAAGCGACUUCAACAUAGGAAAUUACCUCCCAAUACUGUCAAAGUAAAAGUCUAUGAGACAGUUACCAUCCCAGCGCAUACCAUCAAGCUCAUCAAAGUCAAGACAAUAUGGAAGGAAGGUCAAGCCUCUGACUGCCUGAUAGAUAGGAACAAUCCCAAGAUUCAGGUUUCUAACCUAUCAGAACAUCCUUUAAGAUUGCAAGGAGGAGAAAUUCUUGGAUAUAUGCAUGAUCCUAACAAAUACCUUGCAAAGGAAAAGGACAUUGCUAAGGAAGAAAAAGACAGCAUUAUCAAGUAUGCUACCUUAGUGCAAGCCAUGGUGCAGAGGAAAGCUGAAGAGAAGCCUACUGUGCAAGAAGAGGAAUUAAUGAAGUCGCCUGAAGGAGGACCUAAGACUGCUGAAGUACCUGACCCAGAACCUGUCCCUUCAGAUAGAUUUCUUCAAGAAGUUAAUUUCUCAGAACAUCUCACCCCUAAUCAAAGGGCUAAACUAGAAAAAGUUUUGCGCAAGCAUGAGUUAGCCUUUGGAUUAGAUGGUAGACUUGGUACUCAUAUCACUCAACUGGAAAUUAGACUAAGGCCAGGAACUAAAGAAAUAUCUCUAACCCCUUACCAUGCUUCUCCAGCUAAAAGAGAAGUCAUUGACAAGCAGAUUGAGGAAUGGCUUAAACUUGGAGUCAUUGAGCCAUCCAAAAGUGCUUGGGGAUUUCCAGUCAUAGUAGUCUAUCACAACAGUAAACCCAGACUAUGUGUGGAUUACAGACGUCUCAAUGAAGUAGCUGUACCAGAUGAGUAUCCCUUACCAAAGCAAACUGACAUUUUGCAUGCCUUGGAAGGAUCUCAAUGGCUUACUACCUUAGAUGCGCUAGCUGGUUUCACUCAGCUAACCAUUAAGGAGGAAGACAGAGAGAAACUUGCUUUCAGAUGUCACAACGGCCAUUGGCAACCUACCAAACUACUCUUUGGAUAUAGGAAUGGACCAGCAGAGUUCCAGCGUGUCAUGAAUAGGAUACUUUCAAGAUUUCUAUGGCAAUUUGCCCUAGUAUAUAUUGAUGACAUAGUGAUCUAUAGUGUUAAGUUUGAAGACCAUUGCAAUCACUUAGAUCAAGUCUUAGGAGCUAUUGAAGAAGCUGAAAUCACCCUAUCUCCAAAGAAAUGUCACAUUGGAUACCAAUCACUACUAUUGCUAGGACAGAAGGUAUCAAGAUUAGGUCUAUCAACCCACAAGGAAAAAGUUGAUGCUAUCUUAGAGUUGGAACCCCCUAAAAAUGUUCCUACCUUACAGACUUUCCUAGGGAUGAUGACUUAUUUCUCUAGCUAUAUUCCCUUCUACUCAUGGAUUGUAGCGCCUUUGUUCAAGCUUCUCAAGAAAGGAACAGCUUGGUCUUGGGAGGAAAAGGAACAACAAGCAUUUGAACUUGCUAAAGAGGCCCUAGCAUCUGCUCCAGUAAUGGCUUAUCCUAUUAUUGGAAAACCUUACAGAUUAUAUACAGAUGCAUGCAACUAUGGCCUUGGAGGAAUAUUACAGCAAGUCCAAUCAAUCAAGAUAAAAGACUUAAAAGGGACAAAGGCAUACAAGUACUUAAGGGGGGAAUAUGAUAAAGGAAACCCAGUUCCCAGAAUGACAAUUCCUGCUUCCAAGCAGAGAGACGACGUGACUGGGGGGGAUACAUGGGAUAAGCAAGACUUUGAAGAAACAACUGUACAAGUGGAGCGAGUCAUUGCUUAUUGGUCAAGGAUUCUAAAAGAAGCAGAAAGAAACUACUCCCCAACAGAGCGCAAAGCAUUAGCCCUCAAGGAAGCACUUGUGAAAUUUCAGGUAUACUUGGAAGGAGCUGAAUUUGUUGCUAUCACAGAUCACGCCGCUCUCACCUGGAGCAAGACUUACAAUAAUGUCAACAGAAGACUCAUGACAUGGGGCUUAGUAUUCUCAGCCUACCCAGGAAUGCAGAUUGUGCACCGCGCAGGAAGAGUACAUGACAAUGCAGAUCCUAUCUCAAGACUUAGGAGGAGAACCCCAUAUCAUACCAGCCCUCUGGCAGAUCAAUCGACUCCACUCAAGCUCAAUAUGGAGGAAGACCCAUUAAGAAACCUCUAUAAGGAAAUAAAUGAACGUUUUGAAGAGAAACUUCUUAGAGUUGCAAGCGCAUUCACCCAGAGUUACAAAAUUGGAAAUAGCCAGAAGCCCAUCAAGAAGUGGAUACCCACACCGGCAGAAGCUAUAUCUUAUCAAACAACUACCUCAUACUCUGUGGAAAUAUCAAUAAACUCAGAAGAAAUCACAAGGUUCAUAGAAGCAUACAAGAAGGACUCCCAUUUUAAGCAAGUAAUGGAAGAGUUCAAGUCGCACCACAAUCCACUCAAUCCACCCUUCCAUCAAUACCAGAUAGGAGAUAAUGGAUUGAUCUACUUUAUAGAUUCCCAGGAAAAGUAUUGGCUAUGUGUACCUAGGGAUCUACAAGUAGAUAUUUUGAAGGAAAAUCAUGAUAACCUCAAUCAAGGAGCACAUGCUGGUUAUGCUAAGACAUAUCAUCGAAUUGCUUCUGUUUACUAUUGGCCUAAGAUGGCUAGAAGCAUUCAGAAGUAUGUACACACUUGUGAUAUCUGUCAGAAAGCAGGACAUCGACGGCAUGGACCCAGAGGAUUCCUUCAACCUUUACCUAUUCCACAGCAACCCUUUGAAGUAGUAUCAAUGGACUUCAUCAUGGAUCUUCCACCAAGUAACAACUACAACGCUAUCCUAGUUAUUGUGGACAAACUAACUAAGUAUGGACAUUUCAUCCCAUGUACUACUCAGAUAGAUGAAGUACAAACAGCGCAACUGUUCCAUGAUCACAUAUGGUGUCACUAUGGUUUACCUCGGCAAGUAAUCACUGAUAGAGAUGCUAGAUGGACAGGAGCCUUUUGGGGUCACUUAGUUAGUAUGUUAGGAAUUUGGCAAGCACUCACCACUGCACAUCAUCCUCAGAGUGAUGGACAAACAGAGAUACUUAAUCAAACUACAGAAGUGGCUAUUAGAGUAUUCACUAACCCAGCUAAGGACAAUUGGAGUAAGCUUCUAUCAGGAUUUGCGCACUCAUACAAUACAAGUGUGCAUACAUCCACACAACAGACACCAGCCUUCCUACUCCGCGGAUUCCAGCCUCUAACAUCAGCCAACUUACUGGCUCUCACUUCUGAGAACAUUCCAAGACCAGCCCAAGAAAGUCAAACAGCUGAAGAAUUCAAGGAAUCCAUGGAAUUAGCACAAUCAUUAGCUAAGGACGCUCUCAAAGUAGCUCAGAAUUAUCAACAGAAAUACUAUAAUUCUGACAAGACACAUGUCACCUUUGAGCCAGGAGAUUUAGUCUUAAUCAAUCCCCAUUCCUUAAACCUACUCAAACAUCAGUCAGGGAAAGGGAAUAAGCUAAAUAUGCGUUAUGAAGGACCAUUUGAAGUCAUGGAAAGCAUAUCACCAGUAGCAUAUAGGAUAAGAUUACCUGCUAGCUAUCGCAUACACCCAAUCAUUAACAUAGCCCACUUGGAAUCUUACAAGGCAUCACCCCCAGAGUUUGGAAACCAACCCACUCAGAACAUACCUAGAGAGGACUUCCAACAAAUGCCUGAAUAUGAGGUGGAAAAGAUAGUAGAAGAAAGGACAGUCAAGAAGGGCAACAAGAGGAUUAGGCAGUACAAAAUCCGUUGGCUUGGGUACAGCUCAGAACAUGAUAGAUGGAGGACAGAAAAAGAAUUAAGGAAUGCCCCAGAAGUAAUCAAAGAAUGGAAGCAAACCUCUGGCUCCACUAUCCAUCCCAAUCACAAGAAGAAGAAGGAGUUCUAA